CGGGUGAGGAAAGCCAAGUGAAAACCAAAAGCCAAACCCCAGGAUUUGCCGCAUUCUUGCUGGCUGAUCGGCAGCAAAGCCCCGAACUCUGACUUCCUUUUGAUUUUCAGCCAAUUUUCAUCAAGGCUUCUGCUUUCUCGCCUGGAUUUUCUUCCGGCGAGUUUUUCUAGCUCCAAGUAUCCUCGAACUGGGAAAAGGAAAGCUGCUGCCUUUUGUUUCCUUUCCAGGACUCUGGUUUCGUUACGGCGUUGUGCUUUACCUUGCGUUUUUGUGCCUUCCACAUUUCACUGCCGGGGUCGAGGAAUUGUGUUGGACUCCAAUUGCGGAGUUCUCGGCGGGAGCUUUCUUCAUUUUCGGCGGCUUGGCUCCGUGAACAGGAAACAGAGCCCGGAGGAAAGUCGCAGUGAACAUUAGAUAUGGCGACAAUAAGUGAUAUAGGCGUAUCAGCAGGAAUAAACAUACUCAGUGCAUUUGUUUUCCUCAUUGUAUUCGCCGUACUUCGAGUUCAGCCGUGGAAUGAUAGGGUCUACUUCCCCAAAUGGUACCUUAAGGGUUUGAGGACUAGUCCAACUGGGUCGGGGACACUUGUUGGGAAAGUUGUGAAUUUGGACUUCAGGUCAUAUCUCAAAUUUCUCAAUUGGAUGCCUGAAGCUCUUCGAAUGCCGGAGCCGGAGCUAAUUGAUCAUGCUGGGCUGGACUCUGUUGUUGGGGUAUGAUGAUUUUGGACUUCUGUUACCAAAUGUCAUGAACAUCAGUACUUGUAAUACUGAUUUGACUUUCAGUGACCUGGAUAAGCUUUCUAUAUCCAACAUUCCACUUGGAUCACCCAGGUUCUGGACCCAUUUGGUGAUGGCUUAUGUAUUCACUUUCUGGACAUGUUUUGUGUUGAAGAGGGAGUAUGCAACUGUGGCUUCAAUGCGGUUGCAUUUCCUUGCAUCUGAGCAUCGUCGCCCUGAUCAAUUCACGGUACUUGUUAAAAAUGUGCCACCAGACCUGAUGAAUCAGUUGGUGAACUUGUAGAGCAUUUCUUUUUAGUCAAUCAUCCAGACCAUUACCUCACUCACCAGGUCGUUUACAAUGCUAAUAAAUUUUCCAGCUUAGUCGUGGAGAAGAAAAAAUGUCAGAAUUGGCUAGACUACUACCAAAUCAAAUUCUCAAGAAAUCCUUCUACUAAACCCACAACAAAGACUGGUUUUCUUGGCAUUUGUGGUGCAAGGGUGGAUGCAAUUGACCACUACACAUCUGAGAUUGAGAAGAUAUCAGGAGAAAUCUCAAUAGAGAGAGAAGGUCAUGAGCAACCGGGACGCUAUCAUGCCAGCUGCAUUUGUUUCCUUCAAAACACGGUGGGCUACUGCCACUUGUGUACAAACACAGCAAUCCAGGAAUCCAACAGAAUGGCUAACUGAAUGGGCUCCUGAACCCCGGGACGUGUACUGGGACAACUUGGCCAUACCAUAUGUUUCACUCGCGAUCAGGAGGCUCGUCAUUGGUGUUGCAUUCUUCUUCCUCACCUUCUUUUUCAUGAUCCCAAUCUUAUUUGUGCAGUCCCUUGCAAAUAUUGAGGGAAUUGAGAAAGCAGUUCCAUUUCUGAAGCCAAUCAUUGAGAUGAAAGUCAUAAAGUCUGUUAUCCAAGGUUUCCUACCUGGACUUGCUCUCAAGUUAUUCCUCAUCUUUCUCCCCGCAAUCUUGAUGAUGAUGUCGAAAUUCGAGGGAUUCAUUAGCCUUUCCACACUGGAGAGGAGAUCUGCAACUAGAUAUUACAUUUUCCAGUUCAUCAAUGUCUUCCUCGGCAGCAUAAUCACAGGAACUGCAUUUCAACAGCUGGACAAUUUCAUACACCAGUCUGCAACUGAGAUACCAAAGACUGUUGGAGUCUCGAUUCCUAUGAAGGCGACUUUCUUCAUAACUUACAUAAUGGUUGAUGGGUGGGCUGGAGUUGCUGGCGAGAUACUUAGGUUGAAACCUCUGGUAAUCUACCACUUGAAGAACUGGUUCCUUGUCAAGAUUGAGAAGGACAGGGAAGAGGCAAUGGAUCCGGGAACAAUUGGUUUCAACACAGGCGAACCGUAGAUACAACUCUACUUCCUACUUGGCCUCGUAUAUGCAGUGGUGUCCCCUAUCUUACUUCCCUUCAUCAUCCUGUUCUUCGCCCUGGCAUUCGUUGUUUAUCGACAUCAGGCAAGCUCACGGUCACAUAAAUUAUGUUCCUUUCCAGUGACAACAUCAUCCAAUAUGUCUUGACAAAUGAUUGGUUUCAUUCAUGAAUCAUGAUCAUUUUUGCCAGAUCAUAAAUGUGUACAACCAGGAGUACGAGAGUGGUGCAGCAUUCUGGCCCGAUGUCCAUGGACGAAUCGUGGGUGCAUUGGUCGUCUCACAACUGCUGUUGAUGGGGCUAAUGAGCACAAAAGAAGCCGCGCAAUCAACACCGUUGCUCAUCACCCUCCCCGUGUUGACAUUGUGGUUCCAUCGCUUCUGCAAAGGCAGAUAUGAACCCGCCUUUGUUAAGUAUCCAUUACAGGAAGCGAUGAGGAAAGACACAUUAGAACGCGCCAAAGAGCCGAACCUCAACCUGAAAAGCUUCCUCCACAGUGCAUAUGUGCAUCCAGCCUUCAAGGAGGUGGACAAUGAAGGCGAUGAGAGCGACGGGGAAUUGGUCUCGACGAAGCGCCCUCAAAGUAAACACAGCAGUAAACACAGUUUUUCAUCUCUGCCUGAAGACCCUGAACGUUCACUGCUUUGAUUAAUGGCUACAUUGUAGGGAGGAGAGGGGGUUUGUCCUUCAAACUUCUUCCCCAUUGUAAAUGCUCUAUCUACUCUUAAUAGGUGGGAGAUAUAGUGUGUGUUGAAUCAAAUAGGGGGCAUUUGCUAGAGAAAGAAUAAUAAAGAUUAAGAUCAGAUUUUUGUGCUUGUAUGGUUGGAUCUUUAUUUUCAUGGAAGCUACUGCUAUUUUUGCAGUGUAGAUAUGCUUCUAGAGCACAAAUAGAUGUCUUUUUC